AUGGCACCUCCAAAAACCAGGAAUGAGGUCCAGUCCCUCACCGGGAAGGUUGUCGCUCUCGCUCGAUUCAUAUCACGUUUAACCGAUAAGUGCACCCCAUUCUUCAAACUCCUCAAGACUCACCAUACCAAGACAAUCAAUUGGGGACCGGAACACGACAAGGCUUUCCAGGGCCUCCGAGACUAUUUGGCGUCAGUCCCCACUCUUUCUAAACCUAUCCCCGGAGAAGUCCUGUACGUCUACCUCGCCGUAUCAGUCACCGCGAUCAGCGCCACCCUGGUCAGGAGUGAAGAUAGCACUGAGCUUCCAGUCUUCUACACCGGCAAAGGGUUCAACGAUGUUGAGUCCAGGUACUUUGAUAUCGAGAAAUUCGCCCUCGCACUCCUCAUGGCCGCCCGACGAUUACGACAAUAUUUCCAAGCACACACGAUACAUGUCUUGACCAACCAACCCCUGAAACAAGUUCUCCAGAAAACGGAAUCUUCAGGAAGACUGGUAAAAUGGUCCAUCGAACUCGGCGAGUUUGACAUUCAUUACAAGCCACGUACGGCCAUCAAAGGGCAGGCCGCUGCUGACUUUAUCGCUGAGUUCAUACCUUUAGAAGAUGCCGAGCCCUCGAACGAGACUGUCUCGGAACCCCAUGCCACGCCCACAUGGACUCUCCACGUGGACGGAUCCUCUAACAGUAAGCUCAGUGGUUUCGGGGUAGUCUUGACCGACCCAGAGGGGAACACAUACAAGUAUGCGCUACAAUUCAAGUUCAAGGCCUUAAACAAUGCAGCCGAGUACAAAGCAUUGAUCGCUGGCAUCCAGCUGGCCAAAGAAUUACGUGUCACGAGACUGGCAAUCUUUAGCGAUUCCCAACUCGUCGUCAACCAGGUCAGCGGCGAUUUCCAGGCCAAAGAGCCACAUUUAUCCCACUACCAAGCUCUCGCCAAGACCUUACUCCAGCGAUGUCUCACCACCCACACAAUCGCCCUGAUCCCUCGGGCACAGAACAGCAAAGCAGACGCCGUCGCAAGAUUGGCAACAUCGCCCCCAGACACCAAUAUCCAAAACCUCAAGUUGGAAAUUCUAGACAAACCAAGCUUUGAUAAGCCAUUCUCGGAGAUAUUCCUGACCGAGAGUGAUCGCCCACCUUCGUGGAUGGACCUAUUUAUCAACUACCUCUCUAAGGGUAUUGAGCCCCAGGACAAGGACAUUGCCACAAGGCUCUGCAGAAGAGCAAUGCUGUACACAGUAUGA